AUGUCAAAAGUCAUUGUUCGCUUAGAGAGAGAAAGCUCAUCCCUUGCAGGCACUAGUGCUGCUUCCAACAGCACAUCAAAUGUUGAAAAACCUUUACUCGUUCUUGAAGAUAAUACAUCUUUUGAUAACCUAUUGAAAGACAUCAAAAACAAGGCAAAGAAUUUAAACUUUAUUUCGGACGACAAAUGCACCAAUUUUCGACUCAAACAAAGUGCUGAAGAGGAAGUGUGUCUUUCAUCAGAUCAAGAUGUUUGGAUGUUCAUUGAUCAAUUUAAAAACCCAAACACAAAGAAAGAAAACAAAAUUCUAUCUUUCAAAUUAUUGAUGGCCACAUCUCCUCCUUCCAAUAACGCAACAACAUCGAAUAUCAAAAAAUAUGCAGCCUCAAGAAAGUCACAAGAAUGUUCAAGUGCCAACUCAAGACAACAGGCCUUUGCAGCGGAGACAACGAGACCUUUAUUUUCCUUUUCCAGUGACAUGUUUGCACUUGGAGUAACCAUUUAUCAACUGAUUUCAUUCGAUUUAGUGACAUCUUGGUCAACGUUAGUCAUGAACUCGAGAGAUGAUGUCAUUCACCAAUUCAUUACUUCACACAUGAAGAGCAAUUACUCGGAUUUACUAGUUCAAUUAAUUAAAUCAAUGGUUCGGUUUCAAUGUGACGAUAGAAUUAAUGUCUCUCAAGUAUUAGAAAAACUUUCACCCAAGAAGAAAGAGACUUCUUCACCAUCGAACAACAAUCAAAACAAGCAACCUUCUCACAAACAAGCACAAUAUUACCUUGGAUACAUGUAUGAUCAGGGACUUGGUGUGAAACAGGAUGAUCACUCAGCUUUACAAUGGUAUGAAAAAGCUGCCAAACAAGGACAUACUGAAGCCCAAUAUUCUGCAGCUUUAAUACAUGAAGACAAUGGUCAUGAUCAACAAGCGACAAUUUGGUAUAAAAAAGCAACACGUGCAGGUCAUGCAAAAGCUCAAAAUUACAUGGGAUACAUAUAUGAACGUGGCAGUAAUGGAAUGCCACAGGAUUACAAUAUGGCCUUUGGAUGGUAUAUGAAAGCUGCAAAUCAAAAUGAUGUGGAUGCACAAUACAAUGUAGCUCUCAUGUAUCAAAAGGGGUUAGGAGUGGAACGGGAUCCCUCAUUAGCAUUCCACUGGUAUCAGAAAGCUGCCGAACAAGGAGACAAGAUGGCUCAGUACCGAAUUGGAUUCAUGUACGAAAAAGGAAACGGUGUGAAAAAAGACGAUGAAAAAGCGCUCGAAAUAUACACAAAAUUAGCUGAAGAAGGCGUUUCAGACGCUGAGAAUCGUCUUGGAUUUAUGAACGAACAUGGGCUUGGCGGUCUGACGAAAAAUUAUGAAGUGGCAUGUCAGUGGUAUAAAAAAGCAGCUUCCAAAGGCAACGCCAAUGCUCAAUUCCAUCUUGGUUACAUGUAUCAGAAAGGUUUAGGCGUCUGGCAAGAUUACGACCAAGCCGUACGAUGGUACAAAGAAGCAGGUGCGCAAGGACAAGUGGAUGCCUUGUUUAAUCUUGGUGAAAUGUUUGAGAAGGGAAUUGGAGUGGACAUUGACAAUGUUCAAGCUGUGAAGUGGUAUGGAGCAGCUGCACUUAAAGGUGACUCCCAAGCACAACUUUGCCUUUGUGAUAUGUAUCUCAAUGGAUUAGGUGUUGAAAAGAAUCGAAAAGUGGCUUUUCAUUGGUGUUUGAAAUCCGCUCAAAAAGGAAAUGCUCAAGCUCAAAAUUAUCUUGGUUACAUGUAUGAGCAUGCAAUUGAAACACAAAAGGAUUUGAAUCAAGCAUUGGAGUGGUAUGAAAAAGCAGUCGAGCAAGAGAACAUCUCUGCAUUUGUCAAUUUAGGAUACAUGUAUCAUUAUGGACAAGGAGUCGAUCAAAAUUAUGAAAAAUCGUUCGAAUUGUAUUCUAAAGCAGCAAGUAAGGGUGACGACAUGGCAUUAUAUAAUCUUGGAGUGAUGUAUGAAAAUGGAGAAAGAGUUCAAAGAAAUGAAAAGAAAGCUCGUGACUAUUACGAACGUGCUGCUCAAAAAGGAAAUGAAGAUGCAAAGGUAAAACUAGUGUCCAACCAUUCAUCCUCGACGCUCUCAAUGAAAUCAGAAAAAGCAACUCCAUCGAGGACAACUCCAAAGAAAUCAGUAUUUGGUAUCGUUCGGUCACUCUUCCGAAAAAACGAACAAGACAAUCACUGUUAUCUUCCAUGA